AUGUGGGAACUGACUGAAGAGGAAGCCGUCUUGGCCCAAAAGUUGGCAUCUGGUGAACCAACAAUACGUAAAAGGGCAUUAAGGUUAAUGGAUAAAUGGGUGAAGGAAGCGUCAACUUCGCACAAAUUCAAUGAAGAGUCGAUGGAAGCCCUCUGCAAGGGCUUAUACUAUGGAAUGUGGAUGCAGGAUAAAAUGAUCGUGCAGGAAGAACUUGCGGAUUUUUUCGGAUCUUUAAUAAACCAUUUUGAGAAGGAACUAGAUUCAGUUCUGUACAUUAAGUCUUUCUUCGUAGUUAUUUCUGACGAGUGGUCCCGAAUGGACAGAUGGAGGAUGGAUAAAUUUCUUAUGCUAGUCCGGCGUCUAGUUCGCGCUUUGUUCGGUCGCCUAAAAAAGCAGCAGUGGCCUGUAUUGUCAUGUCAGCUUUACUUAGAAAUGUUUAAGACAACUGUUAUUUCAGAAGGGACUGCUUGCCCUGACGGGUUAAAAUUUCAUUUCGCAUCUGUUUAUCUUGACGAACUUGACAACGCUGGUGGGCUUUCCGUUGAGCAAGUUAACGAUUUCCUACUCCCUUAUGCCGAGCUUUUGACAAAGAAAUUAAUUACAGAUUAUCUUUUUGACUCGGUGUUGGAUGAGAUUUUCAUUUCUAUCCUUCAUGUAUUCAAAGAAGAAUUUUUGAAAAGGCAAGCCAAAGGGGAGCAUAAUUCGGAUGUUAUGGAAACAGAAGAAGUCGGCUUGAAGUUUGAUUACGGUGCCAUCGUCAAAAUGUUACGGAAAGUAGCAAAGAAUCGCGAAAUAAACAGCAGUCGAAGAAGACGGUUUAAGCUUGCUGCGGCUGGAAAAUAUCCGUUUGAAGUUCCAGUCGUAAGCAGUAGAAAAGCUGCAAGGGAAAGAAUGAAAGAAGAAUUUGAUAAGGCUUUAUCACGAUUGCUGAAAAAUCAAAAAAAAAUUAAGGGUUCAAAGGCGACGAAGAAGACAGGAAAGCUGUCUAAAAAGUAAGU